AACCAUUGUUCUCAAAUAGGCGACACCAUCAUGUAUAUCGUGUGGUGAUGGGAGUGUAACGGUUCAGUAGAAUGGAGAUUUGCUCAUUUAAUUCACGUAUUUUGUAACCUUAGGGGCAUAAUUGGAGAUGGAUUACAGUGGUUUACUUAAAUGGAGUUGUUCGUGAUUCUCGUAAAGAAUGCCUAGAAAGCGCAAAAGAGGAUCCCUUACGGUGAAACGCAAGUACCACUACAUAACAUCUGAACAGCCAAAGGAAGAAAACCAUGUUGCCAGUGAACCCCUGGUGAACAUAAAAGCUACAACAGAUUCUUCUACCCAGUCAGAAAGUGAAAAUGUCCAGUUCACAAGUGAUCAUAGUUAUGCUAUUGAUGAAGACUCCACAUAUGAGCUUGAUUCCUUCCAGGAGACAAACAAUGAUAAGCCUGAAGCUGAUGUGAUGGAAUGUAGUUCAGGGCUUCUAGAAAUGGAGGUGGAGACGACAACCUUCUCAGACUUUGCUGUGGAACUUAAACUGCAAAAUAUUUCAUCUCAGUUCGUUGUAAAGGAAUCAGAGCAAUCAAUUCAAAUGUUACAGUUGUACACAAAUGACAGUCUGACAGCAAUCAAGCUAUCGGUUGAAAUUAAGAGUGAUUUUACGUGCUCUGUCUAUGUGCAUCGGAAAUGCAUUCCGAGAUCUCACCAAAUAUGGACUGGACUGCCACAACAUAUCAAUCGCGUUGCUUAUGUUCUGGUGUUAUUGGAAAGACUGUUAAAAGUUGAUGUCUGCAUAGGAAAUCCUGAGGUGGAAUUUUCAAAUUUAGUUCCCAUUGGAUCAGGGUUGUCCAGCAACAACUCCCCAGAAAUUGUGGCGUACAGGGAAGGGGACUUCAACGCAACACAUGCCAGUGGAGAGAGAUAUAAUUCCACUAUUCGAUCUGUGAAAUGUGACAUGCUGUCCACAUCAAAAAAGUGUACAGCCUGCAAAAAGUACUUUUACUUAUUACAAAGCAGGAAAAAAAGGGUUAAAAGCAGACUAAAUUCGUGCCGAAAAUACAGCCACACAAACUUUAAACAUAGAGACAUGACUGAACAGGAACUCAAUAUGAAAUUAAACGAGCAGAAACAUGAAAUAAAAAAUUUACAAACAGAGUUGUGGAAACAAAGGAGGGAAUUUGAUAAGAUCAUCACAGCAAAUGGGAUCAGUGUUGAAGGCAGUGAACAUCAUGAACUGGAAGACCUGAUGGCAAGUUGUGAGACAGAAUUUAAAAACGUUCCCGAUUUCUACCAGCCGACAGCGUCUGUUUUGGGAACAGCAGAUGUCUUUUGCCAAAAAGAAAGACAGUCGAGGGAUGCGCUGGCACCCCAUGAUCAUUCGUUGGUGUCUCUACCUUCGACAAAAGUCAGAAACAGCGUAUGAUAUUCUUCGCGAAACUGGAUUUGUCAAUUUGCCAUCACCAAGGACAUUAUUUGACUAUUCGCACUUCCUGAAGAGUGAACUGGCUCACCAUGAGGCAGAUGUUCUAGGUUUGUUGAAGGAGGAAGCUGUGAAGAGACACCUGUAUGACACAGAGUGGAGGAAUAAUGUCGGUCUUCUCUUUGAUGAGAUAAAAAUUAAAGAAGAUUUAGUGUACGACAAACACACUGGGCAGCUCAUCGGAUACUUCAAUCUAGGCGAUGUUGCCAAUGAAAUGAUGCAAUUCAGCGAAACAAAGAAUGAGACUAAAAAAGAACUAGCAAAAUACAUGUUGGUUGUGAGGCUGCGAAGUUUGUCUUGCAACUGGUGUUUUCCGUUAUUUGGUUUUGCAACGACAGGCAUAAAAGCCGAUUCUCUGUACCCCAUUCUGUGGAAGACAGUAGCGUUACUACAAUUAUCCCAAAUUAAUUUACAUGUCUUGUUCUUCACUUGUGACGGUGCAUCACCAAAUAGACGGUUUUUCAACAUGCAUUGAGUGGGUAUUGAAUCUGUGGUAUACAAGACGGAAAAUCAACACAACAGUGACCAGAACAUUUACUUUAUAUCAGAUGUUCCACAUCUUCUGAAGACUGUGAGGAACAAUUUUAGUAACUCACAUGCCCACAAAAAAUCAAGAAUGCUGUGGAGGAAUGAUAAAGACAUUUCAUGGAUGCACCUAAUUCGUUUAUUUGAGGAACAUUGCGAGAUGAACUUGUACUCUCCCUGCCCAAAGUUGUCGCGAAAACACAUUAAUCUGCUUUCCUUCAACUACAAGAAGGUCAGUUUAGCUGCAUAGGUUCUGUUGCUCUUGCCCUUGAGGAGUUGUACGGUCCAGAGGUCUCAGAAACUGUGCAGUUCAUGAAACUAUUAAACAAAUUUAAGACUGUCUAAAUGUUAGGAGUUUGUUUGAAGGCAGAAAUAAACGCAAUGACAAUUUACUGCCUUACACUAGUGUGGAUGAUGAACGCUUGAACUUCCUGACUAAAGAUUUUCUUGGUUACAUCAAUAAGUGGGAGGAGAGCAUUCAAAGAAGACCAGGAAUUUUCAAUGAUUCCCAGCGGGCCCAGAUGAUUUUAAGCCACCAGACUCUCGAUGGACUUAAAAUAUCUGUAAAUUCCAUCACCGAGUGUGUGAAGUUUAUGUUAAGCAAGGGGGCUAAUUUUGUAUUGACCCAUAAUUUCAAUCAGGAUCCUUUUGAGCAUUAUUUCGGUCACUAUAGACAUAAAGCGGGAUCAAAUAAUAACCCAACUGUCUAUGAGGUCAGAAAUGUGAUGACAACAAUGAGAACUGUCGACUCUUUUGCUGUACCAGUAAAGCAGGGAAACAUUAAAAGGGGUACGGUCGACAAAGAAAACAUAGACCAUUCCAAGUUAAAAAGACGAAAGUAAACAGAAAAGGUUGACUUUAAUUAUGUUUGCAUAAAAAUAAAUCUUUUUUAUGGAAAUGUAUGUUUACAGAUUAUUAACAUAAGUUUCCAUAAACCAAUCAUACAGAUUUAUAUGUACUGGUCGUGUACGUAAUUCCGGCCUGUACGUAAAAAAUUGGCCACCUGUGUUUAAUCAUUUUUAUGAUCUAAACACACAUAUUUUGAUUAUUUUUAGAACAAUCAACUUGAAAACCAACUCUACUCUCAAUAUUUUGCAAAUUCAAGAAGCAUAUCACUGUAAACAUUUGCAGUAAAAUGUCUUAUACAUAACAAAAAAUAUUUCUUACAUGGGAAAAGUGAUGUCAUCAUCAAUUGCGAAAAUUUUAUUUAUAUA